AUGGCCGCUUCACAGCACGAUCCUCCUCAACAAGCAGGUCCAGAUGUAAUAGAUUUACGGCUAGUGGUGUGGUUGAUGUUCAUGGUAAUACUCAAAAUUGUGAUGUUUCUGCUCCUAUAGCGAAGACACACCGCAACUCAUCUCUUUAGUUCACUAUUGCACACUAUGUUAAGUUCGAAAACACUAUAACAGCACCCAAAAUGCGCCCCACAAAAUUUGCAGCACUUUCCGUUUUUGUUUUGACUCUUAUAUCUCCCUCGCUAGCCCAAGCUGAAAAAACCCGCAAACCUGAAGACAAGCAAAAUAGUGCAUUCCUGCCCGACGUGCCAAAUUAUCAAAAUGGACCCUACGAUUACGAUUCCAGUAGAUACUCUUCUCGCCAUUCCUAUGCCAGGAAAGAUAGCCGACUGAGAAAAUUCCCGCAGUUGCUCCGUGAUAAAAAACCAAACAUAAUUCUCGUCAUUACUGAUGAUCAAGAUAUAGAAUUAGGUUCAAUGAAUUUUAUGCCAAAAACUUUAAGAAUACUCGGUGACGGGGGAGCCCAUUUUUCUAAUGCUUAUGUUACCACGCCCAUGUGUUGUCCUUCUCGAAGUUCCAUGUUGACUGGUUUGUACGUCCACAAUCACCAAGUCCAUACAAAUAAUGACAACUGUAGCUCUCCCUGGUGGCAGCAAGAACAUGAGACGAGAACUUUCGCCACCUACCUCAACAACGCUGGGUAUAGAACAGCUUACUUUGGCAAAUAUCUCAAUGAGUACAAUGGUUCCUAUAUCCCUCCUGGCUGGCGAGAAUGGGUUGCUCUUAUUCGGAAUUCUAGAUUCUACAAUUAUUCCAUCAAUGUUAAUGGAAAUAAAAUAAAACAUGGGGAUAAUUAUUUUAAAGAUUAUUAUCCAGAUUUAAUAGCCAAUGACAGUAUUAGUUUUCUUCACAGAUCUAAAAGGCAUUUCCCUAAUAAACCUGUGAUGAUGGUUCUGUCCUUUCCUUCACCCCAUGGGCCAGAGGAUGCUGCUCCCCAAUUCCACCACCUCUUCAAAAAUGUCACCACACAUAGAACACCCAGUUGGAAUUUUGCUCCCAAUCCUGACAAACAAUGGCUUCUACGUCACACUGGAAAAAUGGAACCAAUUCAUGUGAAAUUUACUGAUGUGUUGCACACAAAACGCCUCCAGACUUUGCAGUCUGUUGAUGAUGCUGUUGAAAGACUCUACAGAGAAUUGCGAUCACUUGGAGAGUUAGAAAAUACGUACAUUUUCUACACAUCAGAUCAUGGUUACCACCUUGGACAAUUUGGUUUGGUGAAAGGAAAGUCCAUGCCUUUUGAGUUUGAUGUUAGAGUGCCAUUUUUUGUUCGUGGUCCUAAAGUUCCUCGUGGAGUUAGAAUUCAGGAUAUUGUUCUAAAUAUUGAUCUAGCACCAACAUUCUUGGAUAUAGCUGGUGUAGAGGUACCUGAACAUAUGGAUGGGCGUUCCAUGUUAUCUAUUUUGAAAGAUGCUGAUGCUUGGGCUAGUUCUGGUCAUCGUCACACAGAAGUUCGCCGAAAAAAAUCGUGGCGAGACAGCUUCUUGAUUGAAAGAGGUGUGGUGAAUAGCCAGAGGAGAAAUGCCAAAAAUUUGUACCCUAAUAUUUCUCCCGUAUUUCCUAAACUCACCAAGGAUCAGCGAUUGGCCAUCGAAUGUCGGAAGCCUCAUUAUUCCUCUCCUUGUAAGCUACAUCAGAAAUGGGAAUGCAUUCAUGAUGGAAUUCGUUGGAGAAUUCAGAAGUGUCGCAUGCAGUAUCCUCUGCCCAACGAUUGCAUUUGCCCUGACCAAGAGGAUGAUUUGGAAGAAUGGGAUUUUGGGGAAUUUCAAAAAAGGCCAGACUCUCUUCUGAUGCUUCCUCCUAAAAGACGCAAACAUUUGAUUCAAAAUGAAGAAAUGCAAGAUUAUUUAUCUCUUAAAGAAUCAAAAUUGUCAUCAGGAUCCUCUCGCUGGAAAAGAUUUGUAGAUCAAGAGACAUUUGAUGUAAAAGGAAUUGAGCAGUUAUUCCAACUCCUAGAUGCUACUGUUGGAAAUAAAACUGAACCAAAAUUGGCGAUUGACAAUCGUGAUGACUCUGGUGAAGAAGAGCUGUUACUUUUCACUGAAUCAACCAUCUUCGAAGAACGUGAAAAACGAGAGACAGUGCCAACAUUCCAGCUGGGCAUUUAUAAUGAGUGUGUAUCACUACCCAAUGGUAGUAAAGCCUGCUUUGAUGAUAAAUACCAAACGCCUGGGCAAUGGCAUGAAAGGAAAGAAAAAUUGGAUGGAAUGAUUAAGAAAUUGAAGCAGAAAUUGGAAGAACUAAAGACAAUCAGGAAGCAGUUGAAGAAAGUUAAGCCACAUAAAAAUUAUGUGGGUCCAGAAUUAUAUGAUCCAAAUUCCUAUCAGAAAUCUUGUGUUUGUGACCCUGAAGAACAGUUACGUCUGAAGCAACAUUUGAAAGACGAGCGAAGGCAACGGCGAGAGGAUUUGAAACGUGAACGCCAACAGAGAAAAGAGGAGCACCAGAAAAAGAUGGAGAGAAAACUGAGGAGAAAAACUAAAUUUGAAAACAUGACAUGCAAUGCAGAGAAAAUGAACUGCUUCACUCAAGAUAAUGAUCACUGGAAGACGCCACCUCUUUGGACAGAGGGACCUUUUUGUUUCUGUCAGAAUGCAAACAAUAAUACGUUUUGGUGCUUAAGAACAAUAAAUGAUACACAUAAUUUCUUGUAUUGUGAAUUUGUUACUGGUUUCAUAACUUUCUAUGACUUACGAACAGAUCCAUAUCAGAUGAGAAAUGCUGUAUAUGAUCUGGAUUAUGGAACUCUAGAAAAGUUACGAAUGACCUUAAACAAACUAAGAAGUUGCAAAGGUUCCAAAGAAUGCACUAUCCGCUAUAAAUAUGAAGGUUCUCGGCACCAGCACAAACAAAGAGCAGCUGCAAAUAUAAGAAUGAGACCUAUUAGGCAUGGAAGAAGUGAUCAUAGGGAAAGAUGGAACAGUAAAAAUUCUGCAGAAAGGCGAUGGAAGUAAUUAAUGCAAAUUACUGCUUGCAAAAAUGAAGCAGAAUCUGCAGAUGGGAUGACAACCAUCCUAAUGAAAAUUCGGCCCGGUAUUUCCCCUCCUGUGGAUGUGCUUUAGUUAAUUUAAGACGUGAUAUAGACUUCAGUUGCUUGUUCAAUGGACAUUUUAGUUGCUUUGAAUGAGUAAUUUUAUUUUCAUCAUCAUUUUUCAUAACAUCUGCAUUUUCUUGCUGUUUUUUUUUUUUUUUUGAACAUCUAUUGGAUUAAAUUUUAAGCUUGGCAGCUAAUGAGCUAAGUCAUCCUUAUUUUAUCAUUAUACCGGUUUUAAUUCAAAGGAUUUAAGACAAAAGUAAUUUUCUUCGCAAGAAAUAUAUUUUAGGUCUACUUUUCGAAAUUUUAAAAUUGAGUACAUUUCUUUUUGUUACUGAUUUUUGUACACAUCGAGAUUGUGCAUAUUUUUUAAGUUGUUCUUCAUGAGGAUGACUUUUAAGUCUGUGAUGUUUUUUAAUUACUUUGUUAUGUGUUAAAUAUGCAACUCUUUACCAUUUUAAUUAAAAUUUGAUCAAAAUUAGUAACAAAAAUAAUUUGAUUGUUUUAAUUUCUUAUUAUUUUAUUCAAUAUUUGCAUUAUUUUUAAUAAAAUAAUUUGAUUUUUG